GAAAAGCGAUGUUGUGAAUUAGUUUUAGAACUAGUCACCGCGUGCUCGAAUGUUCCUCUCGUGUCGAAUACAUUGUUGAACGCCUCAAAAUAUUGUUGAUCUCAAAACGUGGGUGAUCCAACGACUCAUUUCGCCAUUAAAAACAGGAGAGUGCCCGAGAACGGUUGUCACACAACUCGGAGACCAGACUCGAAGUGACCGGUCUUCUCCCUGGCGUAUUCUGUAACCAGUGUUGAAUAUCUCGCACGCGGCAGAGCCCUGACCCACGACCAGCUUGACCUAAGAGGCUCCUUUGCGUCAUGGUGUGUGCCGCUUGACUAUGACAACAAGUUGAAUUGCUCCACCAUCAACACCUGCGUGAAUUGCUGGUGGUUCUUAUCGACAAUGUUUUCAGGGUCACUUCCCAAAUCGGUAGAGGCAGUCGAUGUCAAGUUGGCACAGCACUGAAGAAGAUCUACAUGUUCUGUGCCAUCAAGUGAUUUGAUGUCUCUAUCGACACCAUAGUCAGAGUAUAUUCGUACUGGCAGAAGAGUGCAUCAAACUGAAACCGCCAUGGAUGUUAGAUUGGGCAUCGAGAAGUACCCCCUUGUCCACCAACCUUGCUUCCUCGCAGCUUUGUUCGUCUUGUUGUGCACACCGUCUAUUUGCGAUGGACUAUUCACUUGGCAAACUUAUAAAUCUCAACAACUGGACGGGCUGCAAGCCCUUUUGAAAGCAUGGAAGAGCACUCCCAAGAUUGAGAGUAACUUGGCAGGGUGGAACGAGUCUCAAAAAUACCCUUGCAACCAAGAUGUGACAGAAGAUAUAGCUCCCAAUUGGCGUGGGGUGCAGUGUCUCCAGUACAUCAACUGUUUUUACACAAAUAAAGAGAAUACGACCAGAGAUUGCAGUACUUAUAUCAUAGGCCUGACUCUACAAAAUGCAUCAAUUGUAGGCUCUCUACCACGAGAUAUUGGAUACAUUUCCACGCUGACUACACUGGAGCUGACAGGAAAUCCACAACUCACCGGACCUCUUCCAGUGACAUUGAAUGAGACUAGCCUUUACGUUCUGGAUCUUCAUGACAAUGCGUUUGAGGGGGAGUUCCCAUUUUUUGGGGAUGAGUACGAGUCGCUCUUGACAUUAGACCUCAGUGGCAACAAGUUUAAUGGGUCCUUCCCGUAUCUUCAAAUCAAGAAUAUGGUGUUCCUUCAGAUAUUAAACAUCGCCAGAAAUGAUUUUAAAGGGCCGAUACCAGAACCAGCCCUUGAGAACAUUACCCAGCUUGUCGAACUGGAUCUUUCUAGCAACGCUUUGAAUGGAACUGCGCCUACUCUUAAAACGAUUAAGAACCUCCAAGUAUUAGACUUGUCCAGUAACAUGUUUACCGGGACACUGCCAGACCUGACAACGAUGCAUUCCUUACGCAGUGUGAAUUUGAGCAGGAAUGCGUUCACAGGAGCGGUUUUGUUGUCGUCGUUUUUUAACAGAACUGAGAACAACAGUCUUUCAGUGUUGGAUCUGUCGUUCAAUCAACUGACAACCGAUCCCAAUUUUUGGAACAUCUCGGAACUUGGCUCCCUUCAGGAACUGUAUCUAGACAACAAUCUCAUUAAUGGGACACUGAACAUCAGUCAACUUCAUGCCCUGGGCUUGCUCAGGACUAAAAUUACAAACUCAUCAUCAUCCACAAACUCAACAUCAAGCGUUCUAAGAGUACUUUCAUUGAUGAACAACAACAUUAGCAAGGUUAUCUACGAUGUGAAUGAUAUCGCAAACACCGCCACAGUUAUCAAACUACAAGAGAAUCCCUUCUGCAAUUUUUCAGAUCCCAAUGACGGGACGAGAUGUUUCUGUGAACAAUUCUGCUCCAUUUCAGGUUCAACGGAAGAUAGCAAACGUAAGAUUGUGAUAAUCGCAGUGGUGGUCAGUGUAACAUCACUGCUGAUCCUCCUGGUCAGUCUGGCUGCUCUAUUGUAUAGAAACACAAAGUACAAGCGAUAUCUCCAGCUUCAGGUCCAACAAAGGUUUGAGGAGUUUGAGGUUAAACCAACUAUAUUCCACUACAGCGAGCUUCGAACUGCCACACGAGACUUCAAUGCUGAUUUGAAGUUGGGCGAGGGAGCCUUCGGGGCAGUGUACAAGGGUACAUUGCCAAAUGGAAAUACAAUGGCUAUAAAACAACUAUUUGCCAAGACUUCUAAAGGUGUAGAUGAAUUCUUAAAUGAAGUUAUUUUGCUAACUGGAAUGAAGCAUAGGAACCUUGUGAACUUAAAAGGUUGUUGUAUUCGUGAGCAACAACGAUUGUUGGUGUAUGAGUAUGUGGAUAAUAGUGACGUUGAUCAAGUUCUUCUAACAAGUUCAAAUAAGAAUCUCUUAAAUUGGCAUGUACGGUUAAAGAUUUGUUUAGGAGUGGCUCGUGGUUUACAUUACCUCCAUGCACUUGCACAUCCAAAGAUCAUUCAUCGUGAUAUUAAAGCUAGCAACAUUUUAAUAACCAAGUAUUAUGAAGCCAAGAUAGCAGACUUUGGCUUGGCAUUGUUUUUUCCUGAUGAACAAAGUUACAUAUUGACUAAACAUGUUGCUGGUACCAAGGGAUAUUUGGCACCAGAAUAUGCAUCACUUGGUCAAUUAAGUGAUAAGGUGGAUGUAUUUAGCUUUGGAGUCUUAUGUUUGGAGAUUAUAAGUGGAAGAAGAAAUAUUGAUGAGAAAUAUCCUCUUGACAAAGUUUACUUAACUAGAUGGAUAUGGGAUUUGUAUCGACAAGAUAAAUUAAUGGACUUAGUAGACAAAACAAUGACUUUGAAAGAUGAAGAAAAGAUGGAGGUUCAUCGUGCAAUCAACAUUGCUUUGCUUUGUAUCCAAAAUGAAGCAGAGCAACGACCAAGCAUGGAGCAAGUGGUGGCAAUGUUACAAGGACAAGGUGAGUCAGAGAUUGUAGUUCUAAAACCAAGAAGUGAAGAAAAACUCAUGGAGAAUAUCAAGUUGGUUGUUGAGGGUAAAAGUAGCCUUGGCACUAUAAAGGAGGAAGAUGAAUUGUCAUUUUUAAGUUCUUCAAGGCAAAGUAGAAAGUAUUUAAGGGAUGAUUAUUCUACUGGUGUUGUGCUAGAGCUUAGUGAAAUAAGACUUAGAUGAUUCAUCUAUUCUAGUAAUGUUUUAUGAGUAGGAUAUAACUUCUUGAAUUUUUAAAAUAAAAAUAAGAAAUAUGGAAAUAUAAAAUAAUUAAAAUA